AUGGGCUUCAGAUCUCCAACAAAGCUUAAGCUCUUCUUUCGCUCCACCAUCAACUCAACGGUCAAAUUCCACAACCGUUUGUAUUCAAACAACCCAGAUUCCGUCAGGCCCUCCACUGAAUUCUUUGAGAUAGAGAAGGAGUACGCCGAGCUUUUCCGAGCCUUCGCGGAGACCCAAUCGAUUUCCAAUGGGGAGGCCCUCCACUGCCACAUCCUCAAGACCAUUCCCCGUCCCCGCCUCUUCCUCUCCAACAGCAUGGCUAAUAUGUACUCCAAAUGCCAAUCUGUGGCUGACGCCCGUCGGGUCUUUGAUGAAAUGCGGCAACCUGAUGUUGUCUCCUGGAACACCAUCAUCGAUGGUUACUUUCUUUCUGGGCUCCGCUCGGAUGCGUUUGCUUGCUUAAGAGAGAUGCUGAGAUGUGGAGUUGCUCCUGAUAAAUUUAGCUUCACGUGCUCUCUUAAGAGUUGCUCAAGUUAUCGAGAUUUUGGUGUGGGAUUGUGGAUUCAUUGUGUUAUAAUUAAGUACGGUCUUGGCAACAGUGCUUUUGUUGCAAAUGGACUUGUCGAGUUUUAUGCUAAGUUUGGGUUUCUAGGUGAGAUGAAGAAGGUUUUUGACAUAUUGGAGUGUAAAGACAUUGUGUUGGUUAACACUGUGAUUGGUUUACUUGGAAAAGCUGGGAAUUUUGAAGAAGCUUUUGUGAAGUUUCGAGAUUAUUUUUUGGCAUUUUCUACAGUGCCCACUAGAGCUACUUUUGUGAAUCUGUUGGGUGGGAUUAAUGGGUAUGAAUCUUUGAGACACGGAAUUCAAGUUCAUUGUUUGGCAAUUAAGCUUGGCUUUGAGAGUGACAAUGCUGUGGAGAAUAUUCUUGUGAGGAUGUAUUGUGACUGUGGCUGUGCGAAUGAUGCUUUUGAUCUGUUGGUUUGUUCCGGUAGCAAGAGCGUGGUGUCUUGGACCAGUUUGAUUGAUGGCUAUGCCAAUCUAAGACGCUUUCAAGAUGCUUUGGAAGUGUUCUAUUGGAUCUGCCAUGAAGGAGGAUUGUUGGAUGACAUAUUGUUACUUUGCAUUCUCGGGAUUGCAGCCAAUUCUGGGUGCUUGCAACUAGGUAUCCAGCUCCAUUCUCUUAUUCUUAAAUAUGGUUUUGAAUCUAACAGCUGCAUCAGACAUGCAUUAAUGGAUAUGUAUGCAAAAUGUAUGUCUAUGGAGGAUGCACAGAAAAUAUUUCAACAGAUUGGUAAAGAUUGCAGUGUAUUAUCAUGGACAACAAUAAUAUCAGGGUAUGUCUACAAUGGGUUCUCCAUGGAAGCUUUGAGAAGUUUCCACCAAAUGAAUAGAGAAGGUUUCUAUGUAGAUUCUGUUGCAUGUAUCAGUGUUCUCGCGGGAUGCACUGAUCUGCAGGCUAUCAUUCAAGGCAAACAAGUUCAUGCUUUUGUGAUCAAGUCAGGUUGUGAAACUGAUAUCUCAGUCCAGACUGCAUUACUAUCUCUUUAUGCUGAUUGUGGGUGCUUUACCGAGGCCACUAAACUUUUCAGAAUGAUGAGGCAUGAUGUUGUUUCAUGGACUGCAUUGAUUUCAGCUUAUGUGAAACUUGGCUAUAGUGAGGAAGCUCUAGUUUGGCUUGUUAGAAUGCUCCAAGAUGGACUAAAGCCAAAUCACUUUACUUUUGCUUGUGCACUGACAGCCUCAACGAAACUAACGUCUUCUGAAACUGGGAAGUCACUUCAUGCUGCUAUCAUAAAAACUGGACUAGAAAAGGAUACAUCCGUCGGGAGUGCUCUUAUUGACAUGUAUUCCAAGUGCGGUAGCAUGAACAGUGCAGUCAAGUACUUCACAAGGACAUCUAAACAUGACCUCAUACUAUGGAAUGCUUUGCUUUCGGGGCAUGCCCAACAUGGUAACAUUGUUGAGCUUUUGAAGGCCUACGAUGAGAUGAUUGACCUUGGGGUGAAGCCUGAUGGAAUUACAUUUGUUGCAGUUCUAACUGGUUGCAGCCAUGGUGGCCUUGUUCACAAGGUAAUCCAAUACUAUACAGUGAUGUGGGAUGACUUUGGAAUUAGACCAGAGAUCGAACAUUGUGCUUGUGUUGUUGAUGCUCUUGGGCGUGCUGGUUUGUUUAAGGAAGCAGUCAAUUUUAUUCAAAGAAUGGGACUUACACCUGGUUCAACAAUGUUAAGAAGUCUGAUUAGUUCUUGUAUAAAUUAUGGAUAUGUUGCAUUAGGCUUGGCUGCGGUAGCCAAGAUGGUGGUUUGGGGCAUGGUUGAUAGUUCAACUUAUGUAUUGUUGUCUAAUUUGUAUGCAGUUGAAGAAAGGUGGGCUGAUAGAAGGACAGCUAGAGAAGCAAUGGAGACAGUUCAAAUAAACAUGAAGAAAAUUGGCAAGAGUUGGAUUGCUUGUUAG